CGGCAGCACGUGCACGUUUCUACAAACCGCCCGACUGAAUUGCUGCUUUAAAGAAAGCUCGCCGGCGAUGUGGUGAUAUCAGUCAGAUCCAGAUGACGACGUUCUCGAGAAGCGCCGCCUUCUUAUCGCUGGUAGUGGUGCUACAUGCUGUUCAUGUCGGUGGAGCCAUUUUAGAGUCACAAGCACCCCACAGAGAACUUAAAGCUUAUCGUCCGCUGCAAGAUAAUAAUCUAGAGGAGGUGUAUGCUUCCUCAGCUGCUGCAGUGCACUAUGAUCCAGAUCUGAAAGAUGUGAACAUAGUUGCCACAUACAGUGACCAUUACGGUAAUAUACGGUUUGGUAGGGUGAAAAUGGGGGAUCUUUCAACUUCUUGGGUUUUCGAGAAUCCUGCCUAUCAAGUUAGCGGCAGAAAAAAAGGUCCGCAGCUAGUUAUACCACGGGAUUCAUUUCAAAAUGAUACUGGAAUCGAAGAUAAUGCAAGCCGUUCUACAACUAAUCAGACUGAUGAAAGCGAAAAUCAGUUUCCAAACGUGGAAUUUGCAAACCCAGCAAAACUGAAGCGGCAGAUUUUACGUCAGGAGAGGAGAGGUCAACGAACUUUAGAGCUGAUCCAACAAGAAAAGGAAACUGAUGAGCAAAUGCAAGAAGCAGCCAUUGAGAAGUCAAUGAGCUUUGAAAACUCAGUCAUAGGAAAAUACAGUAUAUGGAGGAGAGACUAUGAGAGCCCAAAUGCUGAUGCUAUCUUGAAGCUUAUGAGAGACCAGAUCAUAAUGGCAAAAGCAUAUGCAAAUAUUGCCAAAUCUCAAAAUGUAACCAAUCUGUACGUUUUCUUGAUGCAGCAGUGUGGAGAAAAUCAACGUGUUAUAGGUAAAGCAACCUCUGAUGCCGACCUUCCUUCAAGCGCUCUUGAUCAAGCAAAAGCCAUGGGCCAUGCUCUCUCUCUUGCAAAAGACGAGUUAUAUGACUGCCAUGAACUUGCAAAAAAGUUCCGGGCCAUGCUUCAGUCCACUGAACGCAAAGUAGAUGGACUGAAGAAAAAGGGAACCUUCUUAAUUCAGCUAGCUGCCAAAACAUUUCCCAAGCCAUUGCAUUGCCUGAGUCUGCAGCUAGCGGCAGACUAUUUUAUUCUAGGUUUCAAUGAACAGGAUGCAGUGAAAGAGGAUGCCAGUCGAAAGAAGUUUGAAGAUCCUUCUCUCUAUCACUAUGCGAUAUUUUCAGAUAACGUUCUGGCUACAUCAGUGGUUGUGAACUCCACUGUCUUGAAUGCAAAGGAACCGCAGAAGCAUGUGUUCCAUAUAGUAACUGACAAAUUGAAUUUUGCUGCAAUGAAGAUGUGGUUUCGCAUCAGUGCUCCUGCUGAUGCGACAAUUCAAGUUGAAAACAUCAAUGAUUUCAAGUGGCUGAAUUCCUCUUACUGCUCUGUUCUACGGCAGCUUGAAUCUGCGAGGCUGAAAGAAUACUAUUUCAAAGCAAAUCAUCCUUCAUCAAUCUCUGCUGGCGCGGACAAUCUAAAGUACCGCAACCCAAAGUAUCUGUCGAUGCUGAAUCAUCUCAGAUUCUACCUUCCUGAGGUUUAUCCGAAGCUGGAGAAGAUCCUGUUUCUGGACGAUGACAUUGUGGUGCAAAAGGACCUGGCACCACUAUGGGAAAUAGACAUGCAAGGAAAAGUGAAUGGUGCGGUGGAGACGUGCAAGGAGAGCUUCCACAGAUUUGACAAGUACCUCAACUUCUCAAAUCCAAAGAUCUCAGAGAAUUUCGAGGCGAGUGCUUGUGGGUGGGCAUUUGGGAUGAAUAUGUUUGACCUGAAAGAGUGGAGGAAACGGAACAUUACGGGGAUAUAUCACUAUUGGCAAGACAUGAAUGAAGACAGAACACUGUGGAAGCUGGGGUCGUUGCCACCGGGGCUGAUAACAUUUUACAACCUGACAUAUGCAAUGGAGAGGAGCUGGCACGUGCUGGGGCUGGGAUAUGACCCAGCGCUAAACCAAACAGCAAUAGAGAAUGCGGCGGUUGUGCAUUACAAUGGGAACUACAAGCCAUGGCUGGGUUUGGCAUUCGCCAAGUACAAACCGUACUGGUCCAAGUACGUUGAGUAUGACAACCCUUAUCUCCGUCGGUGCGACAUCAAUGAAUGAAGAGAUUGUGGAGGUAGAUGAAGCAGUCAAGAGGAAACUAAAUAAGUAAAAAUUGUUUUCAGUAUACUAGUUAGGAAUCAACAGACAAAUGAGACAUGAGUGAUAAAUACGUAGAAUCUCUUAUUACUU